AAAUAUAUGAAUAGCGAUUGUCUACCAAAAAAAAAAGAAAAAAAAGUAAAACGAUACGGCAGAUGCACCUAACAACAACGCGUCUCUCUCUUUCUCUCUUCUACUUAAGAAAAUUCAGAAAAGACAACUCACAAGUCAAAAGUCACCGAGUCACAUCUCCUAACUGAAAAAAACUCGCCGCCGGAGCCACCAUGUGCGACGGAGAUUGCCGUCCUCUCGGUUUCCUCUUAGGUCUUCCUUUCGCCUUCCUUUCUCUCCUUCUCUCCAUCAUCGGUGUCAUUAUCUGGAUCGUCGGAUUGUUGUUAUCAUGCAUAUGUCCAUGUUGCUUGUGUGUGACUGUACUAGUGGAGAUCGCAAUUGGUUUGAUUAAAGCCCCAAUUCAUGUUAUGGAGUGGUUCAUGUCCAAGAUCCCUUGUUGAGAUCUUCUCCUUCUUCUUCUAGAUUUGUUCUUCCAUGUACAUAACUUGUAUUGGAUUUGCUUUUUAUGUUCUGAUUUGUGUGCAAUUCUUCUUCUUUUACUGCUUCAAAAGAGUUUAAGAACAUGUAGUGUAGCUAUUAUAUUCAUGGGAAUUUGCAAUUGUUUUCUUCUUUUUCGUCUUCUUCUUCUUGUUUCUUCUUUGACCUGUCACCAUUUAGUUUCCAUGUCCCAUCAUCACUUUGAACCAUUCCUUUGUUCUCAAGAACCCACCAAUGUCCUGGUACUAAGUACUUAUCUUCAAGAGCAUCUAAACCUUUGUUUACCAGUGCUAUAUCUCGGUUAAUCUCUAGUUUGAAUUCUCCUUGGUUGUGUUGUGUCCCUGCCACGCCGUGUAAGUAAGCCUCCAGGUUAUGGAAAUGUCCCAGGUUUAGAGAUCGUUUUAGGUACUCUGAUUUUAAUGUGUUGAUUUGAAGC